AUAGGGAAAAAAGAUAAAUAUAUAGGAAGGCCUGUAUUUUUUUCCAGAAAAGGUGGCAACCCUAAUGCUAACUGUGACUAACCCUCAGGCAACUGUUUUACCCACCUAAUGGCAUUUUACCAUUUUAAGUGGAUGUUUUCCCAUCCCACUCUAAGGGUAGAACUACACGGGCGUUUUGACAUCCGAUACCUUCCGCUCUGACGCGAGGAAGCGCAGGUGUUUCAUCGGAUCUAAGGUAAGUAAUAGGAAUGUCGGACGUUGUCGCAAUGUGCAUCUGAUACGACUGUCGGGUGCCAGCGCUGCAUGUUGCGUCUACGUCCGGCACCACCGAUGGGUGUCGCCCCGUGAAGGUGCGCCUGUCCAGCUCCUGUGCGCUUGCAGUAUAUCGAUCCGAAAGGGAAGCGCUGACCCUUUGCACCCAGGUUCCCCUUUCACACCUCCCGUACAGUGUACCCGCUCACACUCCCGUCCAUAGAAGGCUGCAGUGACUUUCCUCCUACUGGUCACUCCUCUGUUAUUGCCCCUGGUCACUUAACCCUUUGUACUUCACUCAGGAAGCUGGUGAGUGUGACGGAGCAUACCAAUUAGUACAGAAGGGAAGCCAUGGUCUGGCAGCAGCUCCCGGGAGAAUGAAGCGGAGCAGCAGGACAAUGAUAAAACGAGUAACACACAGAUGCACCAACAGAGUGUGGAGGCGGAGCCAGAGAAAGCCGCCAGAACUGAGGGAGAGGAGGGGCCAGGGGAGGAGCAUGAGGUGCCAGAGGAACGGGAGUCUGAUUCCCACCUCCAAUCACACAAAUCACUUGGACUGCAGUGUGCCCUACCAGCUGGCCACCCAGGAAGACACGGGCCCCGACUUGAGCAGUGAAUGCUCCCACCACCCAUUGGCUAAGCUGAAACGACAGUGUGCGGCGGCCAAGCUCCAAAGGCACGCCCCAUCCCCUGUAACUGACCGUGAAGCACAAGAUUUCUCAGGCCCCGCCCACCAGGAGCCUGUGUAUUACACUACAGCAAGUGGGGAGCCCCCGUUACUGAAACUCAUUGCUCCGGCCGAGGAGACGACUCCAGUGCAGAAAAGACCCUUCUGUGGGGUGAUGUGAAUGCUUGGGACACAAGCACAACCUGGAAUGUGACACUUGCUGGAUUAAAGGGCCAGUAUUUUACCCAUGGGCAGAUUUGUCCUUUUAACUGUUUUAGCAGAGAAAGCAUUUUUAUAGGGGCUCCUGGGGGUGCGUGGAGCUCAGAGAGGGGCCUCUGCUCUUUUUUUUAUAAAUCUGGAUUUUCUAAAGUUGAAAUGUAUCUGUAAUAUUGUAUUUUUGUAGGAAUUUCCCUGUUAUUGUUCCCUUGUCACAGCUCAGUAUUCCUGAUCACUGAAAGGUAACCCCACUCCUGAGCUGCUUCCCCUGAGGGGACGUGUGUGUGUAGCAUGAGAGGGAAAAGUGGGGGUGUGACAUGAG